GUGAUUUAGAUUUGUCCAAUACGAAGGUAUCCAUGCCUACACCCACGCCUCGCAGACAAAGUUUGGUGGUUUGGCAGGGCGGUGUUGGGAGUUAGCAAUAAGUAGUUGUCUUGUUCACCCACGGUUCACCAACCGCCGGGCCAUCACCUCCGAGCCUACAAAAAGGGACGAUCGACCGAUAGCGGCCACGUUAAACCCACCGUGUUUCACUUCCUCUUCACCUAAGUCGAAUCUACAAUCCAACAACCAAAUCCUCUAGUAAAACAAAGGCAGAGACAAAGAAACGUGCCGCAGAAGCAGCUCGUGUGAUGAGCAUGGGCAUAGACAAGCUGCUGAAACUGAUCGCCACCAUGCUCGUCUGAGUGAGGAUUAGUGAACGAACUGCUAGUGCAGUGCUGGUGCUGCUACUGUGGUUAGCUUUCCAGCAGUGGGGCUCCUCAAAAGCAGAGAGGUGAGACUAGAAGCACACAUCAAGGCAAGGCGGAGGAGGCAGGAAUCAUUCCCCUGCAAAGCUGCCGGCGCCACCUCGUCGGCGCUGUCCCCGCUUUCCUGGGCCGCGUGGGGGCCUAUCCCUUUCUCUUCUCUCUCUCUGAUGGUCCUCUGAUUGGACUUCUUGGGUGUGCUGUGUUGCCGCUGUCGUCGCACCACCACCACCACCACCACCCCACCAGCACCAGCACCAGCUUCUCGAUCGAUCGAUCCUAGCCCCCUUUUCUUGAGAUGCUUCCGCUGCUGCUUAUAUCCACGCUCCCGGCCUUCACGCUGCUGCUCGUCGCGCCCGCCUCUUGCAAGCAGCCCUGGAAGCUCGUCCGGGAGCUCGGCCUCGUCGCGCUGCUGCUGGCGCGGGAGCUGCUCAGCCUUCAGAGGCACCCCGCCGCGGCGGGCAGGGCCAAGGAACGGCAGGGCGGUGUCCUCAGAAUGCCGCCGUCGAAGGCGAAGGCGGUGAAAGCGGAGGAGCCGGCAUUGGCGGAGGAUGCCGACGCGGCGGCGCUCCCGGUGCUGGACCUGCCGGAGCUGGUGCUGGACCGCGUGCUGCAGGAGCUGUCCCCGGCAUCGCUGGCGGCCGUGGCGUGCGUCUGCGCGGGGCUCAGGGACCGCUGCUCCUCCAUGGACGGCCUCUGGGAGCGCCACGUCCGGCGCAAGUGGGGCCGCGUGCUCAGCGCCGCCGCGCGCCAGGAGUGGGAGGCGGAGCUGCUGCUGGCCGCCACCAGUACCCUCCCGCGCUCGGCGGCCAGGCGGAGGAGCUGGGUGGACUCGCUGGCGUGCGCCUGGCCCUUCUCCUGGACCCGCUGGCUCAAGGGGGACGCGGCCACGACCGCCGCCGCCGCCCGUCCCGCGCCGCCAGCGGACUCCAAGUCCAAGGCCGCGUGCUGGUACCGCGCGCUCGAGUGCGGCCAGUUCUGGUUCCCCGCCCAGGUGUACAACCGCGAGCAGGACGGGCAUGUCGGCUUCUUGCUAUCGUGCUACGACGCUCACCUCCGCUAUGACAGGCGAACCGACACCUUCACCGCCAGGUACCCGCCUCACGGCCGGAAACUGGCCAAGGAGGAGGACGGCGUGCAGUGGUGCAGGGUCCGCGCGGCUCCGGCGAGCACGCCCCCGCCGCACGAUCUCCACGUCUCGGCCUGCUUGGACGACCUGCGCCCCGGCGACCACUUCGAGAUCCAGUGGCGGAAGAACAAGGAUUUCCCCUAUGGCUGGUGGUAUGGUGCCGUGGGCCAUCUGGAGUCGUGCAACGCAAACGAGCAUCUCUGCCGUUGCCACGAAGACGAUGCGAUCGUUCUGGAGUUCAAGCACUACGCGCCUGGUUCGAAGUGGAGGCAGACCACGGUGAGCAGGAAAGACCACAGGGAGAAAGGGGACGAGACGGACGGUUUCUACGGAGGCAUCAGGAAGCUCCAGACCAAAGACGAGAUAACUACCUGGCGGAGGUUCUGGCCGGUUGAUGUCCUCAACUGAAGAACUGCUGCCAACCUGCUCCUCUGAAGAGCUGCUGCUGCCCGCUUCUGAAUUUUCCCUUUUUCUUUUGUUGGGUGGAGAUUUUUAAGAUGAAGCAAAAGAUUUGCUCCGUAGGAGAUUUAUGUGAAUUGUAGAUGAUGGUGUACAGCUUUUCCAUGUUUUUAGUUCGCGCUGGGCUGUUGCCGGAUCCUGGUUGAUAUGGCAGCUUGUAAAUUGUCUGAAUUAUAUAGUACGUACGGUAAAUCGCCGUCAGAUUAUCUUUUGGUGA